AUGAGCGAAUCUACUUUUACCGAAUCUUCCGCUUCCGCAAUCACAACCUCUUCCUCCUCCACCGCCACAGAAACCAUCACCUCCAGCAUCAUUUCCUCUCUCACAUCAAGUUUCACAGCAACAGCAACCUCCUCGUACGCCCUCCCAACACAAACACCAACACCAACAUCAUACCCAGACGCUUCCGUAGACGGAAACUAUCCAGGCUAUCCAGACCCAUACAGGGACCCAAGCCUGCUCUGUGACUGGACGCGGACAGCAACUGCCUGCAGGGAUGCGGAAUUUGUAAAGUAUAUGCUGAUCACCUCCUCGGUGGCCCAUCUCCUCGUGACCCUGUUCGGACUCUGGUUGCUCGCCUACCGGAACCGAGGAUUCAACAGGAAGAUUGUAACUGAGCUGUUUAACUAUGUCGGCACUGGUCUCCGGCCCAAGCCUAUGGACUGCAUCAUCUUUUUCACGUCGAUUGCUUGCGUAGUCAAGGUGGCAGCAAAUCUCAUUCUUGUCUUUGGUGUGCUUAGUGACCACAUGUGGCUCCGUAUCGCCAUUGAGCAACUCUUCUGGAUUUUCGUCGCGUUCGCAUUCUCGGCAUACUUUGUUGGUUUGCUGUAUGCCAUGCCCGUCACAACUCGCGAGGGCAUCUUUGCAGUCUACCAGCCUGAGGUUGCCUACGGCGCCACUCCCCUGUCUCCUAUCCAUGUCUUGACACCUACCACGGUUCAAAAGAACGUAAUACUGGCCAUGGGUCUCAUCUACCCAACGGUGUUUGGCGCUGGUCUCGGAAUUGCCUCUGGAGCACUGCACGACAAUGGCUACGAAGAAGCCUCCAAGGUCUUGCUCUACUUGCAGUACUCUAACUGGGUCUUGAUCCUCUGGGCGAUGGCGGCGAUGUUUUUCUACUAUGGUCUCAAGUAUACCUUCAUUCUCCGGGCCAACAUUAUUAUUGCCGAGGCUGCUCUCAAGGCUCCCCGUGCAGCUUUCGGAAUCGGUAACCUCAAGUCGCGUUCGCCUGCCCGAUUCUUGUUUAUUCAACUCCAGAUUACUGGAUUUGGCGGCUGUGCGGUCACUGUCCUGGCUGGGUCGCUCUGCAUGAUUUGGGUCAUCUGUCGGGAUAGGAUUCUGGAAAUGCAGGAGGACCGGUGGCCCCAUGUCAUGGCUGUCUUUUGGACAUGCGCCAUUGCCCUGGCCUUCUUUGUCUUCAUGACCUUGAUUGCCGCCCAGUCGAUUCGAAGCCGGAGACGCAACCUGAACGAGCCCUCGACGACGACUCUAUCUUAUUCUGGACCUUCGAACGGACAAAGGAGUUCGAGCAACAAGACCUCUAAGCAAGGAGUGCAGCAAGGUGGAGUUCAUGGAUCAGAUCCCGAGGCUAGAUUGACGCAGCAGUACAGCUACGACGAUUUAAGCACCGUCGACUCUGAGAAGCACUCCUUGGAGCGCAUGGACAGGCACAUUGGCAACCAGGAUGACCUGGAGAGAGCCGCCGCCGCCGCUUCCGUUGCUGCUAUGGCCCAUCUCUCCGAGAGUAUGGACCGUGAAGGGAACGGAACAAUACCUCGCAACGGAUCUUCCGGUUCGGCCGGUCGACCCUUGACCAUUCAAAUCAACAGCGGCAAUGCUUCGACCAAUGUCAACGGCCAUAGCAACAUCCGUGAGUCUGUAUUUGGAGGACGAACUGUUAGGGAAGAGACUACCGGCCCAACCUCACCCUCGCAUGGUUUCUCGCUGCCUUCGUUCCCUCUGGUUGCCAUGCGUUCGGGAUCUCGCAAUAGCGUUCAGCCUAGACCCUCGACCAGCUCUACCAACCAAACAUCCUCCGGUAACCACACGGCCUCGACCACAUCCUCCCGUUUCUCGCUGGGCUCUAACAAGCGUGCAUCUCUCAUUAGCGCUCACGGUCAACAACAACAGCAGCAACAGCAACAACCUACACCACUUUCCCCUACUAGCCCCACUUACGUCACGAGCCCUACUCAUAGCCUUAAUUUGCACCUUACUCUUCAGCAGAAAACUCAACAGCAAUUGCAGCAGUUGCAGAUGCAGCAAGAUCAGAGUGGUCAGGGACGUGCUACGAUGCAGCGGAUACAGGUCAAGGCGGGUGGCGCUUUCCAACCCAUCCCUGAACAGUACAACCCAGCAGAAAGCAGUUACAGUGGCGAUCUCUUGUAUGCCGAUGCCUUGCGACUUCAACAACAGCAGCAGCACCAAUCACCACCACAGUCGACCACCUCGCCAAGGAUCUCGGCCCAGCGCGGCAAGCCUUCUUCGUCGUCGGCCAAAACCCAGCCUUCCCCCAGCUUGGGUCCUUCACCCAACAGCAGCAGCAGCAACACGCGCAACGAGUACCCAGUAUCAAAUCGACCCACCAGCCCUCCCCCAAGAGUGUCGACCUCGUCCGCCAGGAGUUACGGCAACAACAACAACAACAGCCAGUUCCAGGAUCCUGAUAUGCAGCUUCAGCAGCAGCAUCCCUUCCACCAGGUGGCCUACACCGGUCUCUCACCCCCACCUCGAUCGACACCCCUGACUCUGCCUUUGGGACCAUCCAGCCCAUCUGGUCCUAUUCCUACCAGCCCUAUCCGUCGCAACGGUCCCGGUUUACCUGCAGUUGGCCCCUCACCAGUGUUCGCCAACUCUCAGCCCAAUUCUCCACCUCUGUCACCUGCCUCGCCUCCUUUCGCUGCAAGCAGACACCAUGAGCACCACUCACCCUCUCUCCGCGACCGCGUCUUCGAGUCCACAGCGGCACCCUUCGCUCCCACUUCGCCCUCAACCUUCCCAAUGGGGUACAACACCGACGACCAGCAAGCCCCUAAAGUUGGUGGCGCCGUGAGACGGUCAACCCAUAGCACCCAACCUACCAAGGAUUCAGGAGCUCCUGCUUUGGCCGCCGCCCCACCCAUGUCUCCUACCAUACUGGCUUCUCGUGGCCCUGGUGGUGGGUACCGCCCUACCGAGCCUUCUUCCAGCACCUCCGGUCCCAUCCCUUCUCUUACCCCUGUCCCUGCACCAGUCGCCCAGCAGCCUGUAAAGUCGCUGAGACAACAGAGCUCUAGGUUCCAACAGGCUCCCGCACCCGCACCAAUACCAGUACCUUCCUCUGGUAGUGGCGGAGCAUACCAACACCAGGGACAUGUACACUAUAAUCACGGUGAUGAAUAUGAAAAGGGCGAUCGGGAUGUGGACGGUAUGAGCAUCGAAUCUGCUGGCGACGAUUCCUGGCCUAUGCCUCCUUCUUUCAAGUAG